UAAUAAUGAAAACAAGAAAAAAAUGUGAGAAAGAGGGUGAAACACAGAGUUGCCAACUGUCGGCGCGGUUCUGCUUUGCUCCUUCCUUCCUAGUAUUUUCGCUCUGUACUAUAAAUCACCAGUUUUUUUGUUUCGAAGACAUCACAUGGAAAUGGCUCUGUCAAUGAAAAGAAAGAGAAAGAUUUUAAAUUUCAUUUGAAAUCUUUAGUUUUCCUGUGAUGUUGUUGUGAACUCCAUUUCUCAUGCUUCUUGUCCCUCAUUGGAUCUCGCCUUCUUUCUCUUUCCCUCAAGCAAGGGCUGGUCCAUUCCUGGGUUUACUUUCUUUUUCUUUUUUAUCCCUUUGGGGGUGUCCUAAUUCUGUAGGGUAGGGUAACAAGCAGGGAGAAAAGUUGGAUUAGUUUUGUGAUGGAUCAUAUGAGUCUCAAGGAUGAUGACUCUGAAAUUGAUCUUGAAAGUGGGUUGGUAGUGGUUGAAGAUGACUCAAAGAAUGUGUCUUCUCCAGGUAACACAAAACAAGGGAAGAUUUUGUUUACUGAGAUUUCUUGUAUAAAAGGUGAUGAUAGGUAUAGUGGAUGCUGCAAUGAGUCAAAGCUAACAGUAGUUUCAAUGGACAUGGUGAAAGUGAGUGGGAAGUUGUACUCGGUAGAAUGUGUGGAGAAUGAUACACCAGAAAAGGAGAAACGAAAAAAGUGCAGUAACAAGAAGGCUCCCAAACCUCCAAGACCUCCACGAGCUCCAUCACUUGAUGCAGCUGACCAUAAGCUGAUCAGGGAAAUCACUGAACUUGCCAUGUUAAAGCGUGCGAGGAUUGAGAGGAUGAAAGCUUUGAAGAAGAUGAAGGCUGCAAAGGCAUCAUCCUCAUCAUCUUCCAGUAGCAGCAUUUUUGCUAUGCUUUUCACUGUUAUCUUCUGUAUUGUGAUAUUGCUCCAAGGCAUGUCUUCUGGGAAAAGUUCAGUUGCAACAUUCCAGGGAUCUCCAGUAGCCACAGGAGUAACAGAGGGUGGUCUGGUUUAUGUUCAACAACAACUCAAUCCAUCUUCAAGUCACCCAAAUGCACCUGGUUUUCAGUACCACAAAAUUGUACAGCAGUUCACUGGUUCAGAUUUGCCUGCCAAAAAAUAGAGAAGAGAUGCUGGUUAAUUAAUGCCAGUGUGGUGACACCAAGAAUGUCAUUGUCAUAUGGUAUUGUACCCAUGUGCUUCUCACCAAAGAUUUUUUUUUUUCUUGUCUUCGAAACUGUAUUUCACAACUAUCAUGAGACUGAAUGUGAUGGGCAAUUUUUCCCUGUAUGUAUAGUGUUAUUAGUCAAUGGUGGUGGGGUGGGGUGAGUUAAAUUGCAUAAUGGUGUUGCUGGAUGUUACCUCCUCAGCAACUGCUUGUUGCAUGCACGUUCAAACAAAUUCAGAGUUCUAGGAGAUUUUGCUUUUCAAGCUUCAGUAUUAAUCAACUUGUGCAUUUGGGUGAGCAGAUUUUUUACUAACUCAUAAACUGAGUUAACUUAACCAAACAAAGAUGGUUGCAGAAACAUCAAAACGGAGGUAAAAUUCAGAAAACCAAGUAAAAUAAAUAUGAAGAUUCAGAAGCAACACUGAACGAAAAAAACUAAUUGUCUUUAUUUGUUUUGUUACUCCUCCAAACAUACUGAAUGCAAACUCUGAUAUCACAUUCAAUAACAUGGUGUAGGGUAAAGGAAGCUGGCAAGAAAGUGCUGAUAGAAAAGAAAAAAAGAAUGCAAAGGACAAUUAAUUUUGUCGGGGAUUUCACGUGUACUAAUUAUAAAAAAGAUUUUUCUUUUAUAAAUUAUUGUUUUUUAACAAUUAAGAAAAUUACAAGUUUAAA